AAAUACAUAAUUAGUAGCACACAAACACACAUCGCAUAUUUCGGUGCAUCUAUCUCUCCCACUAGCUCAAAUAAAUCACUGAUGGCCGAUGACGAAUACCAUGGAAAUUCCAAUACUACCCCUACUAACAACACCCCAUCUCUAAAGCUAUUUGGCAUCAACCUUCAAGAAGCAGCUAGAUUGAAUCAAUCUCCAUCAUCAGAAUCUGAGGCUCUGAAUGGUACAAAAUACGAAUGCCAAUACUGCUGUAGAGAAUUCGCAAAUUCACAAGCAUUAGGAGGACACCAAAACGCACACAAAAAAGAAAGACAACUCUUGAAACGUGCUCAAAUGCAAGCUGCUCGUGGCUUCGUUAAUGCUUCACAUAUGCAUAACACAUUUAUGUCACCUCCGCCGCAGCAUCAUUUAAUCGCCGGUGGUCUACCGUCUCAGCCACCUUUGUCUUCGUGGCUAUACACAACGCAUGCUUUAGGUUCAGAAACUUUUUUAGCUCCUGCUUCUGUGUUUGAUGGCAGUGCUCGUCACCAUCAUCAGCAUCUGCAGAGAUUUCGUGGAUUGAAUGGUGGUGAUAGCAGUAGUGAACAAGGGUUUGGUUUAAAUUUGCAUCUUGGCUUAUAACAACUAGUACUCAUUCAUCUCAUUAAUUAUGAAUUGUAUCAGAAUCUGAGUUUUAAUUUUGAAGUGGUUUUUUUA